AUGAGUUCAGCUCCGGUACAGGGACUUUCUGUACAGCUGCUGGCUGCCAAUUACUUAAGCAAAAAUGUGGGUCUACCUUCAUUUGUCCUGUCGCUCAAACCACGGUCUUUGCUGGAUAUCUCCGAUACAAGAACACAAGAAGUGCUUGUGGUGAGAGAUCUCUUGUACGUCUUGAUUGGCUACGAAGGCAAUUACGUUCGCUACAGUGAACGAUACGACGCUACGAGAGUCCAGGAUCGGAUCCGUGGGCCCGAGUUCAAGACAGCGAAGCACUUGAACGUGGCUUUGAAGAGCAUCACCAAGAAGCUCGCUACCUACGGCAAGUGGUAUUCGGGACUCGACAACUUUGUACAGAUCUAUGACCAUCCAAACUUGGGAAGAGUGAACCAGCGGCUUUGUUUUGAAAUCAGGGGGUUCCUCAAAGAAUACCAGAAGCUCAUCUUGGAGUUUGAAAACCAUGUCAAGCAGGCCCCGCUUUCGGUCACUGAGAUGGACAAUAUCAUAAUGCAACGUUGCGCUAACACAAUGGCCCAUCUCUACGAGAUUGCCAACACCAUCCACAUGAGGACCGAAGAACGCACGGAAUCGCCCACUUUCAACUCCUUCCUCGAGUUUGUCAAACAAGAUCUCGAGAUGAACGGCUCAAUUAGCUCAUCAACAGAUACAAACAAGUUCUCUGUAUGUAAAGGUGGCGUCGUUUUGCAGCUUGUGACUGAAAGAAUCAACUCCUACAAAGGAGACUCUGUGGCAUUUCAGUUUCUAACACAACUCUUCGACGCCAUAUCCACAGAUUAUGUAUCCUUGCUCAAUGAAUGGCUCAUUGAAGGCCACAUACAAGAUCCCUUUGGCGAGUUUCUCAUUAAAAAGAACGAGCUACCGGCAAACAUCUUCUAUUCAAACAUGGAGAAGUACUGGAGUGAGCUUUAUGUCGUUAAGCUCGACGGAGUCCCAGACCAACUCUCCAGCAAAGACAUACAACAGAAGAUCUUGGCAACUGGAAAAUACUUGAAUAUCUUCCGCCAGUGCAGUGGAAUAAUAAGCUUCAAGGACCUUCCUGAGUUUGCCCAAGUCUCCUCCAACCCAAUUGACAGUUUGUUUUCGCCAGACCUUCACUUGAAGAUUAUUCACAGCUACAAAAUGGCGAAUAAGCUUCUUUUGAGGCUUUUGUUAGAAGGCUACCAAUUCCAGACCCUCAUUGAGAACCUACACGAGACCUACCUUUUGAACAAGUCGUUUCAAAUUGACAAGUUUAUCACCGCUGCUUUUCACGAUCUUUCGAGGGAUAAACACGCGGUACCUACCGCCAGAGUCCAGCGGCUAUAUGACCAGGUCGUUCGUAAACCUUCUGACGAGCCAUCAUAUGGCGAACCAACUAUUUCGGACAUUAUUCCUCACUGCGAGGGGUUCAGCGUGGACACUAACAAUUUCUACGAGCUUGCAGAGGAAAUCAUCGCCAUUGAGUCCUUUGACGCCGAUAAAGAGAUGAAAGACACAGACUCUGUACUGAACGCCAUCAAAAGAAUCGUGAGUCAAUCUUUGUCCAGACGACAGGCGUCUCUGUCUGAGUCCGAGAGGACUCGCUCGCUGCAUGAUGUUGACGCUAUUGAUCAGUACACUGUAGCAAGCGUGAACAUUGACUUGAGUCUUCCAUUUCCCAUCAAUCUCAUAGUUGGUGACAACUUUGUGUUUGAAUACCAGCUUCUUUUCAAGCUCCAGAUGCUCUUGAAAUACGCAAACAUGGCCACGGACAGGACCUGGAAAGAAAUUAACUUCUCCACUGUGUGGAGAUACAGAGGAUUCCAUCCAUCCGUGAAGACCAGUGUGGUGAAGUGCAGAGCACUUAAUGCGAACGUGAAGGGAUUCAUGAAUCUUCUUCAAAGCUAUUUCAAUUAUCUGAUCGUUGAGGAUAAUUUCCUGACGUUACUUUCGAUCCUCGAAAAGUUUUCUGUCAGUGCAUCACAGCAAGUUGUUCCCCAACAAAGCUCUAGAAGCGAGAAGAACUUCAUCAAAUCUUUCUUCAAUGGCAACGAUGUGUUUGAUGCAAAGAUAAAUGCCAUGAGCAACAAGCAAGGCUCCUCUACGCAUUCAGAGGAGAGCUUUGAUGACGUACAAGAUUUGAAAAACCACGUCGGCACGUACCUCAACAACAUGUUGCGGGAUGCCAUGGUGACUGACGGAAAGCUUCUACUGAGUCUACACAACGUGUUAAAUGUUGUUAUCCACAUCAACAACUACAUGAGCAGGCUCAAGAAGUCGUUGGUGUUGAUGGACGAGAGACAGUUUGCUGCGUUCAGACGAGACAUGCCCGAGCGAUUUGCAGACCUGGAGGUGAACCCCGAGCUCAUUGGUCUGAGAGCAGCUUCGUUCAAGCAGAUUGUGGAUGCUUACACAGAGACAUUUAACCAGGCGGUGAGUGACAUGUUGUUCCUUCUCCGCAGCACCAGUGUCAGCGAGAAUCACCAUUUGCUGGGGUUUGCCACGCAAUUGGAGGCUUCCGUCGGGAGGUAG